GCUGCCGUCGUGUCGGGAUUGGAAUGUUAGCGAGUAACUCUCGGAACAACUGAGCAGUCGGUAAUUGGACACUCGGACCGAGGAUUCCGGUCUUUUCCGACCCGUUUUUGGUUGAUGAACCGGCCUGAAACUCAGCGCUCGAUCGGCGGGAGAACUUCACGCGCCGCGCGGCUCUCCGUGGACGCGCUGUGAUUCAUUGUGAAUUUUUUUUUUCCCCGCGGCGCUUUGAGGAUUUUAAGACGACAAAUCGGAGAAAUGCAGGGAUUCGUGAGGUUACCGUGGCACUGAGCUGCCCCCUCCCCCGGCUCCGCUCGCCCCCCCCCCCUCCCCCUCCCGGUGUUCGGGUUUCCUUCACACCGGAUCAUGAGGCAGUGACGGAGGGCUGCGGAGCGGAUCAUUGAGCCUCGGUGGUCACUGCCGGUUUCCGAACAUCCAAACCCGCGCGGUACUUCCAAGGCAGGGGGGAGCCCGCCGCCCCCCGGUUUUGCCCCCGCUCUGAAUGAAAAGCCCCGAACAGCCCGCCUGGAUGAGGGGGGGCAGGAGUCCCGGAGCGUCCGGGCAGCGCGGAUCCCUGUAGGUGCGCCAAAAGCGCCGCGUCCGGCGCUCCGCCAUGCGCUGAAAGUCCACAGCCGCGCGGGACCGGGACAGCACUUCCGAGGCAGUCGCCCACAUGCACCGGAUCAACCGCUGGACUCGGGAACCGAAUACGCAGAAGAAGGGGGCUUGGGGAUGGAUCGGUGCCGCCGGGGUCUGUGAGAGCCUAACUUGGGGCCACUUUCCGUUUCUUCUUCCUCGUGACCGACUCGCCUCCGUUCCCGGGACACAUGCAGGCCAAAAAACGCUACCUGAUCGUCCUGUCCGCCGGCGCGUGCCUCGCGCUGCUCUUCUGCCUCGGAGGGGUUCGGCUCCCGGCGGCGGGCAGGAGGAGCCGGCAUGACCGCAGCCGCCGCUCCGACCAGCCCUGGCCCCACUACUCCGACCCGUUACACCGCUUCCAGCCGUGGGACCGGGAGGACACGGAGGAGUUCAACCUGCACACGUCCCCGCGCCAGAAGAAGGAGGCGAACACGAGCGCCUACAGAGGGAGGCGCUGCCGCAUGGACUCCUGCUUCGACUUCUCCGCGUGCCACAGGAACGGAUUCAAAGUUUACGUUUACCCGCCGCAGAAGGGCGAGAAGAUCUCCGAGAGCUACCAGAACAUCCUGUCCAGCAUCGAGGGCUCCAGGUUCUACACCGCGGAUCCCGGACAGGCGUGCCUGUUCGUCCUCAGUCUGGACACUCUGGACCGGGACCAGCUCUCCCCUCAGUACGUCCACAACUUGAAAACCAAGGUCCAGAACCUGCCCCUGUGGAACGACGGCCGGAACCACCUCAUCUUCAACCUGUACUCGGGGACGUGGCCGGACUACACGGAGGACCUGGGCUUCGACAUCGGCCAGGCCAUGCUGGCCAAAGCCAGCAUCAGCACCGACAACUUCAGGCCCAACUUCGACGUGUCCAUCCCGCUUUUCUCCAAGGAGCACUUGCGCACCGGAGGGGAGAGGGGCUUCCUGAAGUACAACUCCAUCCCACCCUUCAGAAAGUACAUGCUGGUGUUCAAGGGGAAGCGCUACCUGACGGGGAUCGGCUCGGACACGCGGAAUGCCUUAUAUCACGUCCACAACGCGGAGGAUGUGGUGCUGCUCACCACCUGCAAGCACGGCAAGGACUGGCAGAAGCACAAGGACGCGCGCUGUGACAAGGAUAACGCGGAAUAUGACAAAUACGACUACAAGGAGAUGCUUCACAAUUCCACUUUUUGCUUGGUGCCUCGUGGCCGGCGGCUCGGGUCCUUUCGCUUCCUGGAGGCCCUGCAGGCGGCGUGCGUACCGGUGGUGCUGAGUAACGGCUGGGAGCUGCCGUUCUCCGAGAUCAUCGACUGGAACAGAGCCACGGUCAUCGGCGACGAGAGGCUCCUGCUGCAGAUCCCAACCACGGUGCGCUCCAUCCACCCGGAUAAGAUCCUGUCCCUCCGACAGCAGACUCAGUUCCUCUGGGAGGCGUACUUCUCCUCCGUGGAGAAGAUCGUCCUGACCACACUGGAGAUCAUCCAGGACCGUGUUCUGGAGCACGGAUCCAGGAGCAGCCUGAUGUGGAACAGUCACCCCGGCGGGCUGUUUGCUUUGCCCCAGUACUCUGCAUACCAGGGAGACUUCCCCUUCUACUACGCCACUCUGGGUAUUAAACCUUACCCCAAAUUCACAGCCGUCAUCCACGCCGUCUCCCCUCUGGUGUCCCAGUCUCAGCCCAUUCUCAAGCUGCUGGUAGCGGUGGCCAGAUCCCAGUAUUGUGCACAGAUUCUUGUCUUGUGGAACUGUGACAAACCUCUUCCUGCGAAGCAGCGCUGGCCCGCCACCUCCGUGCCCGUCAUCGUCAUCGAGGGAGAGAAUAAGGUGAUGAGCAGCCGCUUUGUGCCGUACGAAACCAUCGUGACCGACGCCGUUCUGAGCCUGGAUGAAGACACGGUGCUGUCCACCACCGAGGUGGACUUUGCGUUCACCGUAUGGCAGAGUUUUCCCGAGCGAAUCGUGGGUUACCCGGCCCGCAGCCACUUCUGGGACAGCAACAAGGAGCGCUGGGGCUACACGUCCAAAUGGACCAACGAUUACUCCAUGGUCCUGACCGGCGCCGCCUUCUUCCACAGGUAUUACCAUCAUCUGUACACCAACUACUUACCCGCGACUCUGAAGAGCAUGGUGGACCAGCUGGCCAAUUGUGAGGACAUCCUGAUGAACUUCCUGGUUUCUGCUGUAACCAAGCUGCCGCCCAUCAAAGUCACACAGAAGAAGCAGUACAAGGAGACCAUGAUGGGUCAGUCUUCUAGGGCGUCCCGGUGGGCCGAUCCGGACCACUUUGCCCAGCGGCAGACCUGCAUGAACAAGUUCGCCAGCUGGUUUGGCGGCAUGCCGCUCAUCCAUUCCCAGAUGAGACUGGAUCCGGUUCUGUUCAAGGACCAGGUUUCCAUCCUCCGCAAGAAAUACAGGGACAUCGAGAGGCUCUGACAGGACCGCCACCCCCUCGGGGGAGACCCCGUGCAGGGGGAGGCACGAGACAGGGACUCGGUGGAGGCCAGACGGAGCAGUCGGACUCCAGCGGUUUGGACGGGCGCCGCUCUGUCCUCCGCCCAGCGCUUUGCCAACGACCAGAGCGCCGCCGCCGCCGCCUCUGCCAAGACUUGAAGCAGAGGGGAGGAAGAGGAAACAAGCAGAUGGCAUUUGGAUAUGAAAAAAACUCACAAAUAUACGACGUGAUGUACAUGCCAAACAAUUCUGUACGUUUCACAAACACACUACUGAUGACAAGAACUAUGGGAUAUAUCAUAUUUUUUGUACAACUGGGACGGCGGUUCGUUCCUGCACUCUCUGCACAUGUGCAGGACGGUCAAAGACGAGAAGGUGUUUGUGCUAGCAAACCUGGCAACCCAGCUUUCCUUAAAUCUCUGUCGACCCCCCCCCCCUCUGCUUUUUAGCCCGGGAUUAUUUUUGUUCACAGUAAAAUAAAACAUAAAAAAAAGGGGGUCAACAGCGGCGGCGUGUUUGGGUUUCCUUGCAGCAAAAGAAGUCGUAAAUUCCAAGAAAGUCUGAAGUCUGUAGUUUCUGCGGUUUUCUCGUUUUUCCGUCGAUAGCGCUUCUUCUGCCCCCCCCCUUGUUAUCGCAGAUAAGUUAGAAAAACAUCUCAUUUCCUGUUCCAUUUAUCUCUUAUUUGCCACAUCCGUUUUUUUUCUUUUCUUAACUCUAUAUUCAUCCACUCUUUCAUCCGCUCUUCCCCCUCCGCUGUGUUUGUGUGUUAAGAGCCUUAAAAGAGUUUAUCCGGCCUUAAGCUCGAGCUGGGAACCUUUUCCCGCCGUUAAAACGAACAUUUCUGGAUUAAAUGCAAACCUGCCCCCUCCCUUCUGCCCCUUCACAUGGAAAGCCCCCCCCCCCUUAAAGACAUCACCUGUUUACAGCAGGAUAAUUGAGGUGCGGCGCCGUCUUUCAUGUUGAAAACUUCUCCUCAUCCUUGACUUCUUUUUUCAUCCUGACGUAUUUGAGGAUCUGUCGGCGUUUAGUUCAACCGUUUUCAUUUAGAAAGCGGUUUGAGUCCCAGGAGGCCGCUGCUGGUGAAACGGCGUGCGUUGUUCUGCUUUAAAGUGGCGAGAUUAGAAAAAACCCCAACCUGCUGGCUUCCCCUUUGCUCCUCCUCCUCCUCAUCCUCCCCUCACAUCAGAAAAAAAUGGCCGCCCGCUCCGGCGGCACGUGUCAGUAGCAGACUCUUGAAUGAAAGCGGCGCUCUUCCAGCAGCCUUUCCGUCAGCCAAUGAGCUUUCAGGCCUUUUCGGCGUGUCGUCACACAUCGUUUUUGUUGUGUGUAGUUUUUUUUCUCGCGCUGCCUUGUCCGUCGUGGUUAAAAACCGUUUAUCAGAGAGCGACCUUUGCUCUCCACGCUUCUUUUUUUUGGCACUUUACGUUAAAUCCGUUUAAAUCAGGAAAUUUUCACAACAAUGCACGAAAGAAAAAAAGAAAAAAUCAUCGUCUGAUUCCAUAUCAAGCCUUGUAUGUGUGAUUGUCUGACCCCCCCCCCCCCUCCUCCAUGUCCCAUGAGGCUUUGCAGAGGAUUCCCAUCAUAACCAAAAGCAGUGAUUUGAACCUGAUCCUGCAUCUCUUGGGGGGGUUUAUGAUGUUUUGCUGUGCAUUCAUUUCAUUUUGUUCCUGUGGGGAAGCGUCCAUCACACCGCAGUGUCUUUCUAACACAGAUCUCCCCAGGAGAGAGAGAGACAGAGAAACGAUUUGACUGGUUUAAACUCCAGAAAAGAUUGCAUACACCAGCGAUCCCAAAUUGGAUUGGGCCGUACCAUGUUGGCUCUCGGCGGGAGUCAAAUUAUAAAGUCCCAAUAAAGGCGACAGCCGCUGACAAGAGGGAAAUAAUCAGCAGCUGGGUCGCCUCCGCCAGAUGGAAACGUUUCUAGAUUACAACCAUGGCUGUGACUGCGUCUCUGCAAAGCCACGGCCGAGUAACGGAAAGUUUUCCAGCUUUUUAACGCACGUGAAAACGGAAAUCAUCAGGAGAACUUUAUGCAAGUUAUCGUCUUCAGCUCCAACACAGGAAGUUUACCCGGCUUAUUGAUUUGUGCCUUUGAUCAGCGAUUGAGUUCUUGACCCCCCCCUGAGUCUCCAUCCUCGCACCCUGGACGCCCCUUUCCGUUGUUGCGUUCGGGCCCUGUUGCCACGGCGACAAAGCACGACCACUUCCUGUGUGGGAUUAUUUAUCGGCGUGGGCCGAGCGUGGGCGGUCGGCGAUCUGUGAGGACUCGGUUGAGCCCGGCUGUCCUGAUGCCUUCUCCUCCCUCCUUCCUUCUGAGAGAAAACUUUUAUAGACGCCACAAAUGAAAUAGAGAAAUGCCAAUUUUGUAAGAAAUGAUUUAUAAAAAAUAAAUAAACUCAUAUUUGAUUAUA